CUUUUCUUCUUCCCCCCGUCCCCUUAAUGAUGAUUGAAGUUUUGCCUGUACUUGGUAUAUUCAUUUGGAUAUGUUGAAUGUCUUUCCUUAGAUAUUGACGGAAGCCUCUUUAUACGGAUAAAAUGUCCAGCUCAUCUCUCGACACCGUCGCUGCGCAAUAUAAAAACUACUCGAUAUAUGUGUUACUGAGCAGCCGUGGCGCUCAGCCGGGCUUCCACUGGGGUAUCUUUAUCCCCACAAAUACACCCGCCGGGCGUAUCUGGCAUGCGACAGACCGCGAAGGAGGGUGGAAGCUGGACCCAAAGCCAAGCGCCAAUGUCCCGUAUUCGAUGAGUCUUGUUUUGGCGUACAGAAUUGGCUCCAUCGACCAGAGCACCUGGGAAACCUGCACAAAUAUUUUGAACGGCGUGGCUGCGGAUGGCAAACCCUCCCCUAACACGGGGGAGGCGUUCUCCUGUCGAGUCUGGGUCAAGGACGCCAUUAUAGCGCUGCAGAACAACCGGAUAAUCGAGCUUAAGCACACAAUCUCAGAGCUUGAGGCUAUUCUGGUGACCUAUGCCACGGACAACCUAGUCGCGGUCGAAAAGAGACGAUUUGCUGCUCGAGUCGAAAAUUCCAGCACUUAGUCGCCUCAUUUUCAUAUGAUCAUCUGAUACACCCGUCUGAUAGCCAUGUUUUGUCCGUACCCAUUGAUGGGUAUCAGUAAGAACUGCCACGGGUUCCGGGAGGAUUCAAUAUUUGGGUGAUCCACCAAUUCCAGAUAAAGUUGUUGUUGAGUAA